UCUCCCUCUCUCCCUCCCUCUCUCUCUCUCUGUACUUCUUUUAUAGAACCUCCCAACAUCCGAAGCUUUUUCUUCUCUCUUUUUACAGUUUGAACUUUGAACUCCUGAAAACACCACACUUUCUCUUUUUAAUUAUUAUAUUUGCCGCGCUCUCUCUCUCUCUCUCUCUCUCUUUCUCUCUCUGUAUUUCUCACUCUUUAAUCUCGCAGAGCUCAUUCGGGAGUUCCAAUUCGUCUUAUCUCUGCAAAUGUCCACUUUCUUUUAGUUCUUCGAAGAUCUUGUUGAUCGAAAUGUGCCUGAUUUCAGGAUUGAAACCACUUGGAAGGGAUAAAGGACAUUAAAACUUAAAAUGGAGCAAUACGAAAUACUAGAACAGAUUGGAAAAGGAGCUUUUGGUUCUGCACUUCUUGUGAGACAUAAGCAUGAAAAGAAAAGAUAUGUCCUAAAGAAGAUUCGUCUUGCUCGCCAGACGGAUAGAUGCAGAAGAUCAGCCCACCAGGAGAUGGAGCUUAUUUCUAAAGUACGGAAUCCAUUUAUUGUAGAAUACAAAGAUUCUUGGGUGGAAAAGGGUUGCUAUGUCUGCAUUAUCAUUGGUUACUGUGAGGGUGGAGACAUGGCAGAAGCCAUUAAAAAAGCAAAUGGUGUUCAUUUCCCUGAAGAGAAACUUUGUAAGUGGCUUGUUCAACUCUUAAUGGCCCUUGAUUACUUGCACACGAAUCAUGUUCUUCACCGUGAUGUAAAGUGUUCAAAUAUAUUCUUGACAAAAGAUCAGGACAUACGUCUAGGUGACUUUGGCCUUGCUAAAAUGCUGACAUCAGAUGAUCUUGCUUCCUCUGUUGUGGGAACUCCCAGCUACAUGUGCCCUGAGCUUCUUGCUGAUAUACCUUAUGGUUCUAAGUCAGAUAUUUGGUCUUUGGGGUGCUGCAUAUAUGAAAUGACUGCUCACAAGCCCGCCUUUAAAGCAUUUGAUAUGCAAGCGCUGAUCAAUAAAAUAAACAAAUCCAUAGUGGCACCACUUCCUACCAUGUAUUCUGGGCCCUUUCGGGGGCUUGUUAAAAGCAUGCUGCGGAAGAACCCUGAACUUAGGCCAAGCGCUGCAGAUCUGCUCAGGCAUCCACACCUUCAACCUURCGUUCUUAAGGUCCAUCUGAAAAUUAAUAGUCCUAGGCGGAAUAGCUUGUCAGCCCACUGGCCUGAGUCCAAUUACACAAAGAAAACGAGGUUUCCAGACUCAGAAGAUGUUCUUUUCAAGGCCAAAGAGAAAAGGCGGUCAUUCAGCAAUGACAGGAUCUUGAAUCCAAGCGUACCUGAAGCUGAGGUGGAAUCUGUGUGUUCUACAAGAAGAAUACAGGAGCUGCCAAGUUUUCUGAAUAAAAAGCUGGCAGAAUUAUCAGGUGCUGAUAAGGCGAGAACUGUAAAAACAAAUAUUGCCAAGACACCAAGACAGACACCAUCAAAAGCUUCUGCUACUCCUAGGAGACGAACAGACCCAUCAAAAAUUGGUUCAAAUCGUGAAUCGUUUCCUGCAUCACGUACUCCAGCAACUAAAUCUGCUCGGCCGGCUCGCCGAGCUUCCUUGCCAUUGCCUACAAGAGCUGCAACUCUGGAAACCCCUUGCAGAUCAAACAUUGGUCUCCUCCAACGCUUAAACUCCCCUGAUGUUUCGGUCAAUGCCCCACGAAUUGACAGAAUAGCUGAAUUCCCUUUGGCCUCGUACGAAGAUCCUCUAUUUCCAAUCCGCAGAACAUUGUCAAUGUCUGCACAAGGCUCUUCCACCUCACCAUACUGUGGUGAGCGUUCAAUCACAAAGGAUAAAUGUACAGUCCAAAUUCAUGAUAGAACCUUUUCAAGGCCAAGUUUCAUGGAUGCCUGGAAUGGGAUUCGAAAUGGUGCCUUUCCUGUUGAUGUAGAGGGUGGGAGUCAAUGCUCAGACAUGAAUCCAACUGUUGGUAGCGGAGCGUCAUCAGAUAUGCGGCAGCGCCGAUUUGAUACUUCAUCAUACCAGCAACGGGCUGAGGCAUUGGAAGGCUUGCUUGAGUUUAGUGCACGACUGUUGCAACAAGAGAGGUUUGAAGAGCUUGGGGUACUAUUGAAACCAUUUGGGCCUGGGAAGGUUUCUCCUAGGGAGACUGCUAUCUGGUUGACUAAGAGCUUCAAAGAGACAACAGUUAAGCAAGAAGGUUAACGAAAUCGAAUAUCUUCAUCGCAACAUGCAUUAUAAAAUUAGUGCUUCAAAUCUGGUUACGAGGCCCAUAGUUGUUUUU